AUGGCUCAACGUCAGCUGUCCCGGACGCUUCCCAAAAACUUCACCUUUUCACUCGACAAUGAGCCCAGGACUCCCGAGCGACGCAACACCAUCGUAGACGUGCCGCCGCCCCCUCGUCACUCAAUUCACAGCUGCCGUCUGCCCCGAACUCGGGCGCGCGCUGGUACUAAUGUUUGCGCACGCGUGGACAUGGACAUCUUCCAGUUCCAAGGAUCCGAUGUUCCAUUGCCCUCGAUCGAAUUCCCGCAAACAACUAGUGACUUCAAGGCGCCUCUUCCUGGCGAUGUUCUCAACGAUGAAGGCCUCCUUGCGCCUCCUCGAUCGCGCAUGGAAUUCAAGACGCCACCUGCGCAAAUCCGCGGUACGCCGUUAGACACGGGCGACACCGAAUCCAAAUGGCCCUCGUGGGACCAGACACCCGGUCCCCACGCCAUCAAGCGCCCGGGUUCAGCUUGCUCAAGUAUGUCGAAUUCCUCCAUCGAAUCAAUCGAAACCUUCGCGUCGCGACCAUCAGUAGGAAGUUGCACCAGCGUGGAGAGUGAUCUGUUUGAUUCAUACUUCCCUUUGGAGAUACCCAAGGAACCCGAGAUCGAGUCGCCCUCACGGCCUCAGAAGCAACAUGUCAAGCUGAAGAAGGUUGAGUACUCUUGGACCCGCGAAAUGGACAAUCAUUUGUGGAAUACCUACCAAAUUUACCUCCAAGACCCUACCAUGACUCCUUUCAAAAUGACACCGGGAAGCAUUCCUCCUCUUGGGGUUACCUCGCGCGUUGCGCGCCGGGCUAAGAAGACUUGGGAUAAGAAACGCAGUCGCCUUGGUCAAUCUGUGUCUAUGACCUCUGUUGAGAAUACGCUUGGGGCCUCUACCCCCAAGGCACACACUGAAGGAUCCCAGCCACUGUGGCCGAAGUCCGAUUCUAAAACUCGACGACGACUCAAGUUGUUAUGUCGUCGCAAGUUCUCUAUCUCUCCUCACUAUCAGCGCAUCAUGCAGUCGCGCACCCCCGAGCCCGCCACGGGGAUCACGGAGAUCUAUGGACCUCCGGUGGACUCCCGGGUUCAAGACUUCGCCAACAACUCGGCCUAUGCAACUCGGGACCUUGGCGUUUCACUUGUCAGCUCCCAGCCGACACCACUUGCCCAGGUUACACAAGAUGCACCCUCGACUACAGACUGGUUCAACAACCCUGUACCUGACAACGUCCCCGCCGCUGCAGCCAAGACUCCCGUUCAUCAUCUUCGUGUUGGAUCGGCCCCAAGUAUUCCGCGCCUGGGAUCGCCCUUCGUCUACAAUACAUGGGCCCCAGGAAGAUCAAACCGUCACGCCCAUGGUCUCAACCACCCUCGACGCGAAACAAUCCACGCCCCUGCUGGUCGCGCCCGCUGCAACACGUACAUGGAUCAGUCCAUACAAGAUCCCAACGACGUUUUUGCCAGAACACCCCAGAUGAACACCAAUCCAUCCGAGGAAGAGGUUGAUCGUCGCCUGGAGGACUAUGUCCGCGACAACAAAUUCCAAAACAUGGGUCAUGGCCGAGUUCGUGUCCGUAACCGCGGUGCUACUACCGGCGCCGUAAACCCACGCGACAUGGAUCAGCUAUUCUCCCCACCUUCUUCACUCAACUCGGGCCCGAUCGAACCCGAAGAGACCACUCCUCUCGGCAAGCCCAACAAUCCGUUGCUAGACCUUGGCGAAAACAUCAAGCGCCUUGGCUCACCUUUCCGGAUUGAAGGAGGGUUCAAACGCCGCGAACCUCUAUCUCGGCCUGCGCCUGCACUUUCUGAUCCGUUUUCGAGCGGUGGCCCAUCCUACGUCGCGCCCCAUGACGCUGCGUCUCCUAUGCAUGUUUCGCCAGCUCAGAUCCACGAGAAAGCAUCAUCGCUCCCAUACAACGCCAACGAGGAUGGCCUUUCCGACGCCGAGCGAAUUCGUCGGCAAAUCUUGAAUAUGCCUUUCACGCGCAAUUAG